AACAGUAGUGCGUCCAACACCGAAAAUUUCAGCGACUGAGUUGUAUUCCUUUACCGAUCCCAAAGCGAACAGAGCUAUAGCCACCCUUUUAUGAAGAGUUGUAUGUUCGGCAAUCAAAAUGAAAUGGCCGUAGGGGACGUAAUCGGUUAGCUGUAAUAAUUGCAUCGUGUACACAACGAUUUAGAAUGCAAUGGCGCGAAACUAAACAUUUGACAAGAAGAAUAUAGCAAUUAUAAGUUUUUUUUUGCAAUCACAGCGGCAGUGGAAAAUAUAUACUUGUAAUUUAGCGAUGAGUGAUUCUGGUUACAAACAAAAAUAUCAAAAAUAUAAAAUACGAGUAAAAUCAUGGGAACGAGAUUUCAAACGCAAGUACUCACGGGUUCCAUCCAAGUAUGAUAUUCGUGAAGCGCCACAAGAAAUUCGAGAUGCUUACAAAAUGUAUUAUAAAUUAAAGACAUCAUUUCUGGAGGAUACACUAAAUGACGUCUUUGAUGACGAUGGUUUUAGUGUAUUUGAAAUUUCGCAGACUCAAAGCGAUUUGCUAGCAAAUGGCUGCAAUGCUGAGACUCCUAAAUUGUCCAAUAGCAUUGCUGCAUUAGUGGGCAAUGACACGGUGUCCUCCAAUUUACUCAAACAAUUAAAACCACAAGAAGAGUCAUUACGUUCCGCUUCCAAAAUAUUAACAUAUUCUGAUUUCGAAGACAAAGCUUUAAAGGAAUUUGAAGCUGUAGAAAUUUGUGAGUUGAAUGAGAAGGCGUGGGGUCCAGAGGUAAGCAACGAACCACUUGGAAAGGAUAUUCACAAAACCCAAAGCGAGUCGGUUGCGUUAAAAAAGCCAUUUACAUCUAAUUUAUGCGCAAAACUUUUCAAAGCCUCAACAUUUAACAAACGUAAUCCUAGAAAAUUGCUGUCACGUUCGAAUUCUGAAAUAGCAGCACAGGUAACGCGCCAUGAAUCUGCUCCUAAUUUAUCAGAACGCACAGAAGUUUUGCCCGAUUUAGAGACGAUAUUAGUGCAAAAAGCUAAGGAACAACAAACACUAGCAGCUGUUACUGUCAAUCCUUUAUUAUCAGCUAAGGAAACAUCCAUGCAAAUAAAUGUGGAUGCUGGAUGGCUUAAUCGUAACACUAUCGAUGAAGGGCUAAAGGGAAUUGCAGUAACUUCCUCGCAAUCGUCCAAAUCUCUGAAUGAUGCAAUGUCAAAAACUGCAAAAUCGGUAAACAGGUUUGGUUUGAAUAAUAUUAACGUAAACACGUUAGUGCCUUUUCAAGAUUCCUACGAAAUUACCAAUCGGAAGGAGACGCCACAAAAGGAUAUGGUAGAAGCUACGACUGAAAUGACGACAAAGCAGCCUAUGCAGACAAAGAAUACUAAUGGCGAGGACUCAGAUUCAGUUGUGUCUGAUAGUGGUGGUGAAGAAGCAGAAAAAACUUAUAUUCAUGUUGUAAAAAGGCGUCGUGUACUUAAAGGGCUUGAAAAAAAUCAAACAACUGAAAAAUCAAAUGCACUCGCUUUAGAUUCAAGUAUAUGUCAAGCGACUCAAGUAAAAGAUGAAGAAACUUCUUGGGUGUCUAAAAACAAAGUACAAUUAGUAAAAGUUUAUGAUUUCUCAACGGAUGACAAUGGAGAUGCGGAUUAUUCUCCGCCAAAAGAUAAAAAAGAAUCCCGAAAAAGAUUUAAAAAUGUUAAGAAGAGUGUUGCCGCAACAAAGGAAGGGAAACCGAAAAUAAUACAGAAUGCGGGGAAGGCAACUAAAACAAAAAAGACGCCGAAGAAAAGAGCUACGAGAGCUUCGAGCUUCAAAAGUGCUUCUGAUAUUACAGCGAGAGCAGGAGAAUACUCAAACGAGGAACUUGAUGAAAAGCCACCUGAAGCAGAUGUGUUACGUUACACAAUGCUACUUGAACGUGGAGAUCUCACAAGUAUACCACGGGUUCCAAAUUCUGAGUUAGAGAUGGCGGAUAUUGUAGCACAGCGGUAUAUAAAUAACACAAACGUGGAAGUUUCUGCAGCCGCACCAGGCGCAGCGAACCUAAAACAAAUUUCUCCAUCAGUUGUGGAUGAGAAACGAGCAGCGGCUCGAAGAAAGCUCGAAGAAAAAAUCGCAGCUGGAAAGCUCAAUGAAAAUUAUGUCACAAUAAAUCUGCAAAAAAAAAUAUAUGCGCGUGGAAAGCGUAAUAUUAAUUUUUCCAAAUAUAAGAAAAAGCAAUGGCGACACAAAAAAAAAAUUGCAGCACUAACAGGACCAGAUAUGGAUAUGGGCGGUUGUGAUGGUGGCGUGCUUACUUGCUUCACUUGCGGGCAAAUAGGACAUUUUGCCGCACAAUGUAAGGCUAAGGGCGAUUCACUGUUACCACUAACAGCACAACUUGAAGAAGAUCCCUCCCCAUUUCCGACGCUCGAAGAAGCUGAACGUAUGGCUGUACAAAGCGCUGUUGUGGCGCAUAGCAGGAAUAUAUCGAAAUUGCCAGCUGCGCCGAAUAAAGCUAUAUAUCAGAAUAGAGAGAAGCUGCAUGAAAAUACUAUAAAUGGAAUAGAAGAUAUUAAGCCCAAAUCUUCAGGUGACGAUUAUGAUCAAAGUGAAGUUGAUGAAAAUAUCCUUUCUGGAAGCGAUGAUAGUCUAGAAAAUAUCGAUCUUAAUGAAGUCUCAACAUUAGCUACUAAAGACUCGCCCAUAAAAAACUAUGUGGGCCAUAAAAUUCCGGAAGAUUUUCUUAAAAAAGCAGGUCUACAUCCAACCCUUCUGGAAGGUAAGACAUCUGAUUUGCUAUCUGAAGGCAUUACACCACUUUAUGAACUCGAUGUCGAUGGCAAUGUACGUAAUGACAUUCCUAACGAAGUAACAGAAGCCUUGCGCAUGUUCGGCCAUACGAGUUUUCGAAAGGGCCAGGAGCGUGCAAUUAUGCGCAUACUGUCUGGUCUUUCAACAUUAGUAACGCUUAGUACCGGUAGUGGAAAGUCAUUGUGCUAUCAGUUGCCUGCAUAUUUGUAUAGUCAUUGUAAACGAGGGAUAACUUUAGUUAUUUCACCACUUGUUUCACUUAUGGAAGAUCAAGUGACAGGUGUGCCGCAUUUCUUGCGUGCGCAUUGCUUACACACCAAUCAAACACCUCAACAGAGAGUGAAGGUAAUGGAAAUGAUUUCCGCUGGCGAAGUGGAUAUAUUGCUGGUCUCUCCGGAAGCCGUUGUGGCUGGUGAACGUUCUACAGGUUUCGGGGCAAUUUUGCGUCAACUCCCGCCGAUUGCAUUCGCCUGUAUUGAUGAGGCGCAUUGUGUGUCGCAAUGGAGUCAUAAUUUUCGUCCUAGCUAUCUUAUGAUUUGCAAAGUCUUGAAAAAGAAUUUGGGCAUAAAAACGAUUUUAGGUUUGACCGCAACGGCGACUUUGCCGACCCGAUUGAGUAUUAUCAACCAUUUAGGAAUUCCAGAUGGCGAGCGUGGAGUAAUCAGUGAUAUCCCACUGCCAGAUAAUCUUCUAUUAUCCGUUUCAAAAGACGAGAAUAAGGAUGCUGCGUUACUAGGCUUGCUUACCAGUGAUCGAUUUAGCGACUGUCAAUCAAUAAUUGUUUACUGUACGCGGCGUGAUGAAUGUGAGCGUAUCGCUUCUUAUCUUCGAACUUGCAUGCAAGAUAAAUUUAACGACAAAAAUGAAUCCGAAAACGGUAAGCGAAAGCGUAAACGCACGAAUUGGGCGGCUGAACCCUAUCAUGCUGGUAUGCCGGCCUCUCGUCGUCGCACCAUACAAAACGCUUUUAUGCGCAAUGAUCUUCGCAUAGUUGUGGCAACUAUCGCUUUUGGUAUGGGUAUUAAUAAACCAGAUUUACGUGCCGUAAUACACUAUAACAUGCCACGUAACUAUGAAAGCUACGUACAGGAAAUCGGACGCGCUGGGCGUGACGGUAAACCGGCACAGUGCCAUUUGUUUUUAGACGCCCGUGGGAGCGAUAAAUGUGAGUUACGUCGUCAUAUCUAUUCCAAUUCGAUAGAUCGACAUGUAAUACGAAAGUUGUUGCUGCACGUUUUUGUGCCGUGCGCCUGCGCUAAGAAGGAAACGUCAGAGGCGCAAUAUCAGAAGUUACAAAUUCAAGGAGGCUCAAAUAUCAAUAGUCGCAUAUGUCCCGGGCAUGAAAUUGGAUUUUCGGUUGAACGCACCGUAGAGGCAUUGGACAUACCUGAGGAAAAUAUAUCAACAUUGUUGUGCUAUUUGGAAUUGGAUGAUCGUUGGAAUAUUAAUGUACUUAGCAAUGCCUAUACGAUGGCUAAAAUCAUAUCAUAUGGUGGGGCCAAGUAUUUAAAACAUGCAGCCAAAGAAUGUCCACCACUAGCUAUGGCUAUUGCUCUGGAAAUUAAGCAAGAUAAGUUUAAAGAGGAUUCAAAUAUAAUCGAAUUUUCUGUGGUUGACAUUGCGGCAGCAAUUGGCUGGAACAGCGGAGUGGUGAAAUAUCAACUGAAAAAUUUAGAAUGGACCGAAGUCAAUGGUUAUCCCCGACGUUCUCCUAUUAAUGUGAAUUUCUAUGAUCUUGGCUUCCGAUUGAAAGCUCCAGGAGACUUUAUACCUGAAGAAAUAGACGAUGCGCUUGACACACUUUACAAUCGCACUGUCGAGCAAGAAAAAACACAGUUAAUACAACUACAGUACGUUUUCCAAGGCUUAUCGUCUGUCGCUUUCAACAUUUAUACGCCGUGUACAAGUAAGAACUACACGCCUGAUCGUUCAAAUCAACUUAAAGGCAUUAUACGUGAUUAUUUCCAAAACGACUAUCCCAAAGAACUGAAAUUAGAGUCUGAUGCUUCGAAUGUGUCCGAUGCCGAUAUUGAGCAUGAUGUGCUUUCGCUCAUAAGUAUGUAUCCCGAUAAUAAUUUCAGUGGCCGUAAUAUUGCCCGCAUUUUCCAUGGUAUUCCAAGCCCCAACUUCCCCGCUGUUAUAUGGGGUCGAUGCAAAUAUUGGCGGGCUCAUUCAAAUGUAGAUUUUAAUAGAAUUUUAAAAUUGGCAAAUGCAUUAAUUGUACGAAGACGCAUGUAGUGUGGACAUUCAUAACAAAUGGUAAAUUUUAUAGUGCUAUUUUUGUCAUUAAAUUUUAUAUUUUACAUUUGACUACACUUCGAUGGUUAGGAGUUUCGGGUAAUUAUAAUUAAAUAUUUUUUCAUGUUAUAGAAUUUUAACUUUAGUCUAAAUUUCCGUUCCAUUCAUUAUUAUUUGUAUGACAUUUCAACUUCAAUUAAAACUUAAAAAUACAGUAUAUAAUUAAUGUUAUUUAACUAAAAAUAUUCGAAAGCUAGGUUUUAUCAAAGAACUUAGAUACUGAAAUAUCUAACUGCAAAUUUCUGGGUCACACAUUUUUUUCCUUGGACAAAAGUAUUUGCAUUAUCUUUAAGCGAAGGUACUUGAAGUGUAUCAUUUUUAUGUUAAGAGUGUCUUCUUAACACGCAAAAAACAUAUUUGAUGGCUAGUAGGUAAUUCGUUAAACCUAAAUCAAAAGAUUUAAGAACCAAACUCGCAACUAUGAAUAGGACAACAAGUUUCAUAAGUGAGAGCGAAUUAACAAGGUUGACUAGUGGAAUUAGGGCGUGAUUGCGUUGCUAUCAUCUGAA